GGAAUGGGUGGCUCAAUGGUUUUACAGUAUGGACUUGAGAAUCUAAGGGUACGGGGUUCAAAUCCACCGUUUUUAAAAAUUUUUUCUAAUUAACUUAUUUAAUUAAACAUUAAUUCUGAAGCAGAGGUAGGAUUCCCUACCCGACCUUUCACUGAACCCUGGCAGCUGAGGCCUCAACAAAAAUCAAUAGAAAGAAGAAAAACGUCAUGUAUAAACAAAGAUGGAAACAAAAUGAUUUGUUGUUUAGAAGUCAAAAAUGUCAGGAUCCUCGCAGAGAAAAAAAGUUGUACCAAAAUCCAAACAAGCAGCAAAACAUGGAGCUCAAGAGGUGCCUAUGGAUGAACUCAAGAAUAUCAUGUUAUAUGGUCAAAUGGAAGAAGGCGAGGAUGACGGAAUGUAUGUAGAAGACGAAGUGAUACCUUCUAUUAAGGCUCCAAUACCCCACUACGAACUCGAUGAAUACAAACUAAAAGAAAUGGACCAAGAUGCCCUUUUUUCAAAAGUCGCAAAACAAACUAGUAAAGAUCAAAUACAGGUACAAGAAGUUAAAGAAGACGACAAGGGCUCCAUUUUGAUAACUGGUUUCGGUAUGAGGAACCUAAAAUCUCUGCAGGAUCUAUUAGCUGCGGAAGAAAAACGAUUGUAUGAACUGUAUCUACGUGAACAAGAGAUGCUUGCUCGUCAAGCAAAGAGGUCUCCAGAAACUACGCCACCAACUUCGAAAAAAUCCGACGACAAAGUAUCGGAAACUAUGACUGAUAAAGGAUCAGUCGGCGACGUCCGCCUUCAAUAUCUCAUGGGUUUGGAGGAGCAAGCCACAGAAGAAUUUGCGCCGGAAGAACACGUUUAUGGGCCGAGAGAAGAUUUCGAGUACAGUACGUCUGUGUGUAUGAGAAAAGCUCAGAAGUACUUAAGGGCGCACAGGAUUUUUGAUUUCUUUCAAUUUAUUAUAGCUCAGCUUUUAUCAUCAACUCCUGACAAUCCCAUACAGUUUAUUUUGGAACUGUUAAAUAAAUGUCUCCUAUAUAGAACUGGCGUAGCGAAACCUCCAACUUUAUACGAGAGGAAGCAUUUUGAACAACUCUUUUACUUAAUGGACCGCAUGAACACCGGAUAUAUAGAUAUGGAGCAAUACAGACAAGGUAUGAAAACUUUCGGCAUUUGCGCUUACAACCCAACACCUGCGGCUGAGAGCGAUGGAGUGUCGAAAGAAACGUUCAUCGAAGAGGUGGAAGAAGCUCAGCUGGCCUUAUUCGAUGACCUCAUCCAAAGAAAAGUGAUCGAGAGGAUACCAAAACCGUACGAAUUCAAACCGGUCAAAUACGACAUACCGAGGGUCAAAGUAAAAAAAUCAACCUUCUUUAUGCCCGACGAUCUGUUCAAGAGCUACAAGAAAAAGAAAGAAGAACCUAAGGAAGAGGUGGAAGGGGCGGCGGCUGAAGGUUAGACAGGGAAUGGUGUUAUUUUUUUGUAAAUAUUUUUUAAAAGGAGAGUGCAUAAAUAGAAACAUUUGGAUAUUUUAAAUAUUGGGAUAAUCAAAUUAAAGAAUCAAUUUUAACGGCUUGUUUUUCUUUAAAAGUAGG